AUGGAGUUGAACCUCGUGGUACCGGUUCCUACCGGAGAGCUCCGUCAGCCGGGCGACGAAGAGAUCAACGGCCGUCUUUGGCGUGUCACAGGUGCUCACGACCCCGAUACCAUGGGUCUCAAGUUCCAUUGCGUCUCGUAUGUCUGGGGUCCGGGUGUUGAGCCGCUCGGGAGCUUCUUCGGCUGCAAGAGAGAGAUCUCCGAUCAGACGCGACCGGCGCUCACAGCAGCUAUCAAGGCCGCAGAUGUAAUCCAGGGAGAGCUGAAAGGCGAGAGGACUGAAGCCUUCUGGAUUGAUGCGAUCUGCAUCCCGCAAUUGGAAGUGCCUGCCCGCUACAAGACACUUGAGAGGCAAGUUGUUACGCUACAGAAGUGCAUGGGCUUCAUCUACAACGCCGCCACCUCAGUCAUCAUCGUCUUGAAAUCACCCGCGUGGCGCAUCGUCGAGCAAGCCUCGGCCAAGAAAUCGCCGGAGCCGCUAUCCUACGACGACAUGCACGUCCUCGAGACGGACACCUGGAUCUCCCGCGUAUGGACCUACCAGGAGCUCGUCAAUGGCCGCGCGAUACAUUUCACUUCUCCCCCGUCCGGCCCAGGCCGAGAGUCUCACGUUGUAGUCGAGGCGACCCAGUUCUUCAAUUGCAUCGGACACUCCCUCGCGCGCUACAAGCGCGAGACGCACGUCUCGGAGAGCACGGCGCUAGCCACCUUUCCCAACCUCAAUGUGCUUGAGGAUACCCUGCUCGAUAGUUUGUUGAGCGGGUAUCUCGAGCGCCCUGCACUGGGCAUACUGUGCAACAUCUCGACGCGGUCAUUUGAUGCGAUGUUUCCCCAGAACCGCUUGUUGGCUUGCCUCGGCGCGCUGACGAAGGAACCGAGCUGGGGCCCGCCGUCUGAUGAUCUCGGUCCGUUGUCCGAGAAGAUGAUGGGGCUUUGUGAGAGGAAAGGGGACUACUCGUUUGUGUUUACGGCCGAUGAGCGGAGCCUUGAGAGUGGGAGGACGUGGCGACCUGAUACGAGACAGGCUAGUUCGAGGGAUGGACCGAAGCAUCUUGUACCGCUCAUAAACUGGCCAGUUCAUGGUAAUCCGGUAGGAGAGACGCAGCGAGGUCGCACAGACGAGGAGGGAUUUUGGCUGGAAAAAAUGGUGCCUCUUCGAGUCGAGGAUGCCAUGAGACCCGCUGCGAAAAUCGAGCUGGAUAAGAUACUUUGGGGCUGGAUCGAUCCACGUCAGCCGAAUCUGCUUCGCAGGGGUUUGUUCGGACGCGAAGAGGAAAAGGCAGACUGGCUCGGCGCGUUGGCGAAGUUCCUGGUCAGGAUUGGCUAUAAGGGCUGCCUGGAGCCGCAUUUAUGCGAGACGGGCCUAUUCUUCUCGCAGAAGGAGUUUAGGAAGGGGGAAAUUUUUGAACUCUUUGCGGCGGCGAGCUUGGGGUAUUACUUUGGCGCACCGGGCAUCGCGAGGUGGAGGGACGGAGGGAAGUGGGGGUAUUGUGCUGGAGUGUUCGUCGGGCUGAUGAGGAAGUUUUUCUAUCAUGGAUGUUUCUCCGAAGGCUUCUCGUUGGGACAAUUCGUGAAACUGUAG